AUGGCUCUCCAGGAUGUUGUUGGCACAAGGGACCCUUCGCAGGUGCCUCCCUGGGUCCAGCUGCAACCCAGUGGGCCCGAGGUGCCCCGUCCCUUCCUGCUGUCCCACGGCACCACCACGCUAGCCUUCCGCUGCAGCCACGGGGUGGUGGUGGCAGCGGACACUCGGUCUUCCUGCGGGGCUCUGGUGUCCGAUCCGUCUUCCCGCAAAGUCAUCACGCUGCACCGACACCUUCUGGCAACCACGUCAGGGACCUCGGCCGACUGUGCUACCUGGUUGCGUCUCCUGCGUUGUGCGCUCCGCAUGAGGCACCUUUCGGAAGGCCGGCAGCCCAGUGUGGCCGGGGCGGCCAAGCUGCUUGCUCUCAUGCUGAAGGGAUGCGCCCAGAAGGAUCUCUGUGUGGCCACAUUGCUGUGUGGUUGGGAUUGCCACGGACCUGGUUUGCAUUACGUCUACAGCGACGGGACCCGUUUCUCCGGGGAUGUGUUGGCCGUGGGGUCCGGAUCCCCUUACGCCUACGGUGUGCUGGAUGGCACCUAUCAGUACGAUCUGCCCCAGGCGGAGGCAUUCUGGCUGGCCCGCCAAGCAGUGGCUCACGCUGCCCACCGAGACGCCUAUUCCGGCGGCAACGUGGAUCUCUACCACGUCCGGCCUGACGGUUGGGUCUGUGUGUCGCGGGAAGAUCUGAGUCAGGUUUAUCGUGGCUUGGUGUUCCGCACUGAAGAGGAUGGAGACGGCAAAGAGGAUGCCCGGGAAGAGUCCAACUAA